AUGGAGAUUGAAACCGCAGAUGUCGUGGUGUGUGGCUGUGGGCCAACAGGCGCCAUGCUAUCAGUCCUCCUCGCUAAACACGGCGUGCGCAACAUAGUCCUUGAACAGGAAGAAAGUGUUAAUACAGAUCCACGUGGAAUCGCUUUAGACGAAGACGGCAUACGCUGUCUGCAGGCUUGUGGUAUCUACGACAAGGUAUUCACAGAUAUCGGAAAAUGUAUGGGCAAGUUCGAAUUCAUCAGUGGUAUCCAUAAUGAGCUUGGUAGAGAGCCUUUCAUGGUUAUGGACUACAACACGACUGAAGGAGGAACAGGACAUCCAGGUUUCCUAUGCCACAAGCAACCAGCUAUAGAGACACAUCUGCGAUGCAAGAUGGAGCAAGCAGAACACUCCCAGCUACGACUAGGGGCAACAGUAACGUCUAUUCGAGAAGAUGCAGAAUGGACCUACAUCACUUAUGCCUCCUCGCCCACUGGACAAGAACGGCAGAUCCGCAGUAAAUUCCUCGUAGGCGCAGACGGAAAAACGGGCUUCACACGAAAGCAUUACCUCGAACCUCGCGGCAUCACCCUAGACCAAGUGACUUCGUCAGCCUACUCGCAAACCUGGGUCGCGCUAAACUGGAAGAUCUCGCUGCCCAACUCCGACACGCAUCCUGAAUUUCCGUUGUGGCGCCAGGGAUACACGCCCCAACAAGUCUACGACCUCUUCUUCCCCAACGAUUUCAGAUUCUUGUGUAAUCCGCAGCGAGCGGCUGUGUGUGGGCGUUUCGGACUGCCCGCCGACCGGCUCUGGCGGUUUGAAUUCGUGGUUUUGGAGGGUGAGGAUGGGGUGGACAUGGCUGGUCGGGAAAAGAUACAGCAAGUGGUAUACCCGUAUAUCACGCAUCCUGGAAGCAAAUAUGGUGUUGAUGGCUUCUCGGCACGGAGCUGUAAUAAGUGGGCAUUGGAUCGCGUGGCGCUCGUUGGAGAUGCGGCGCAUGUUUUCCCGCCAUUCGGGGGACAAGGCAUUGCGAGUGGGUUUCGGGAUGCAAUGGGUCUUGCCUGGCGUCUUGCUCUUUUGACCCAACCGCCUCAGUCGUAUGCCGACUCCAAACAACCUACUUGCAAUAUCAACCACCAAAGAUUGCUGCAAGGUUGGUACACAGAACGUAAACAACAACUUGACCACUCGCUCGCAUCUACCAUUGAAAACGGAGCCUAUGUCUGCGAAACGGAUCCGCUCAAGAUCUUUGUGAGGGACUGGUAUCUCUGGGGAAUGCAGUUGGUGCCGAGUUGGAAGAGAUGGCUGGAACAAGGAAAUCGAAAGGAGGGGUUGACCAGGUAUGAGUGGCAAGAGAGGGAAAACAUGGCCUUCUUACCGGGUGGGAGUGGGGGAGGGAAGAACUUCCCGCAAGUGUAUUGCGUAGGAGUAGCUGACAAGGAGGAGAAGAAGGGGGUGAGGUUCACCGACGAUGUCAUCUUCGAGCAAGGGAAAAAGAGAUUGUUCCAACUUGUUGUCUUCAUCGAUGGUGUAAUGGACGUCCAUCGCAUUCAGCCAAUGCUCAAUGAUAUUGAGUGCGUCUCAGGUGGUGUAUUGAGAGCAGCUGAAACGACAUUCUUCUUCAAGACUACGAAGAUGAUCCAAACGGGCUGGACCUUGCCUUCGAACCACUCGAAUGUCUACCGUCUAGCAACAGGCCACGAAUUUGCAGCUUCGCCACUUUGCCAAGGGCGUCCGGAGCCGCAGUACUAUGAGCCGGAUCGUAUAUGGCGGGAGUCGGGUAGCAAGCAAUUUGUUAUCCUGCGGCCUGAUCGCUUUGUUUUCGCUACUUGCAAGGAUGUGUUUGAGCUGAAGAGGGCGGCUGCUAAGUUGACGGGUUUAAUGUCUGACGGGUGGGUUGAAGGGGGUGGGUGA